GAACUAGCCACACCGUGACCGUUACGCUAUAUCAUCAGAAUGGUUUCAAUAGUGGAAUCAUCAAACGCUCAGCAGCAACGAGCAGCCGACGUGCCCCAACAGCCGGAGCAUGAACCCAAUGCCCCGGCAGGGGGUGAUUCUGCAAAACGAACUGCCACCUCGAAGAGUGCUGUUAGCCAGCGAUCUAUAGAACUGAAGAUUACAACACCAAAAGCCGCAACCACAACCACGGAUACAGAGUUAGCGAAACGUGCCCUUAAACUCGAUUUAGUUAAUACCACGACGACGACCAGAAACAUUGACGAAUUUAAUAUUAAGUCGCCAAAGUCGCCCUUGGCAACCACCGCGCGUACGGGGCGGCUACCUCAUCAAAAAUCACUGACGGCUCAAGUGGAUCUGGUUGAAGAUCGGAAAACCCUACGUGACGCCCUCUAUCAGGGCAUUUUCCAUCGUCAUCGUCGAACGAUAUUUGCUGUAGGUAGUUUUCUACGAAUGUUGCGAAGUCGAAAUUCGCAAUAUAAUACCAUUCGAAGCUCAUCGGAAGGCGAGGACAUUGAUGAAACAAGAUAAAAUCCGAUGAAUAUCAUUCGAAUGAUUACGCAAUCAUUCAUGAUUAAUUUUUCGAACCAAUCUAAAUUCCAACUAACAUUUAGGAGUAAUUAUGUACCAACGAUUUUUGAUGCAUUCAGGAGUCAAUGGAUUUUUUAUUCGCAUGUAAUUCUUUUGUAAUAUCGUAUGUAAACAUGUAGUUAAAAAAUUAGGAUUUAUUUUAAAGGGUCAGUGGUGGUGGUUUGUGAGGAUAUGUGGCAGGCAGUGCUACCUGUCCUAUGAAAAGAGCUUAAAUCGGAAGAGUCUAGAGGAGAAAGAGGAAUCCAUAAUUUUAUUCAUUUGCUUUUAAUUGAAUAAAGGCCUUAAGUCGGCAUAUAGUGUAGCGGAUGCAUCUAAAACAAAACUAUUAGAAAGCUAAUAGAUACGUACCUAAAAAUAUGAUAGAUGAAAGUAUUGUAAUUGCUUAGAUAUGCAAUGUUCUUUGCAGUCGAAGGUUUUUUUUUUAAGUAAAUCGGUUCAAAUGACCUCCUUUCCAAUUUCUUCCUUUUUAAAAGGUGUCACUUAAUCCUAUUUUUAUAUUGGGUUGGGGAAAAAGAAAUGUAUUUGUGAUCGGAAUUUGACGCUUUUUUUAACGUACUUAGAAUUAUCCGAUUAAAGUCAAAUAUGCGCCGUUUUGUUCGCAAACUUGUUGCCAUUUAGAAGGUAACUUCAUUAUCCCCCCUUAAGAAACCCCCCCUCAUCAUUUGCAAAAAAACUCAGACAGUCACUUUUCGCAGGCCUCUUUUGAGGUCAACUUAGUAGCACCAAGAGCGUUUUGCAUGGACCGGAAGAGAUGGCAAUCACUUAGUCCCAGCUCCGGACUAUACGGUACGUGCGAUAGGACAUCCCAUUCGAGCUCCCUUAGCUUCUGGCGGAUCAUCAAAGAUGUCUGAGGCUGAGCGUUGUCCUGGUUGAACAUGACACCAUUCCUAUUGACCAAUUGUGGCCGCUUUUGGUCAAUUGCCUGCUUCAAAUGGUCGAGUUGCUCAUAGUAGAGAACCGAAUUGAGGGUCUGGCCAUAGCUGAGCAACUCAUAGUGGAUGAUUUCCUUCCAAUCCCACCAAACACAUAGCAAAACCUUCCUGGCUGUCAAUCCGGUCUUGGCUAUAGUUUGAGCCGGCUCGACGCGCUUCGACCACGAUCUUUUUCGCUUGAGGUUGUACGUGAUCCACUUUUCAUCACCAGUCACCAUCCGCUUCAAAAAUGGGUCGAAUUCGUACCGUUUGAGCAAUGCAUCGCAGGCGUUGA